AAGAUUUUCAUUUUACUAAAAUCCCUUCUACAUGACAGGCUGACAGCACCAUCCUUUCACCCUGGGAAGACAAUGCAUGGUCACGCAAUUUUGUGAAAGAGUGUACGGCGGCGAUUCUGUUCGAUUCCAUAGCCUCGUAGCUUUGGUUCUCAUCCCUCCCUGGCGCAUAUUAGCAGUCAUUUGUCUUUUACUGUUUCCGCCAUAGCCCCGUAGCCUUUGCUCCUUCCCCCCUCAAAGUUAUCCGAUAACCAUUUUACUUUUUGCUGUUUCCGCCAUAGCAAUAUCACUGUGUCUGUGUUAAUGAUCAACAUUUUCCGAACGGCGAGUUCGAAACUGAUAAUGAAAGAAGCAGUUGAUGAUGCUAGUAAAUCAGGUCGUUCGUGAUUGAAUUCUCAUUUCAGGACUUUCUUCAAUCCGAGCAGAUAUGUCAGAUCAUAUUAAAGGAAAGGCAAAUGCAUCUUCUGAGAAUAUCGAGUUCAAAUGGGGGCGAAAGGAGCAAAAUGAUGGAAAGAAGCAUGAUAGGCAAUAUUAUAGAUCAUUUACCUACGAUGGUGUAGACUACUUUCUUUAUGAUUCUGUAUACAUAUGGUGUGAAGGUCAACCAGAGCCCUAUAUUGGUAAACUUACUGAGAUAUAUGAGACAAAACAUCUUGAGAAGAAAGUGAAAGUUGUCUGGUAUUUUCAUCCCACACACGUUCAAAAGUAUUUAAGAGGCACUCAAACACUCAACAAUGAAUUAUUCUUGGCUUCAGGUGUAGGUCAAGGUCUCUUUAAUGUCAACCCCCUGGAAACAAUAGCAGGGAAAUGUGAUGUUGUAUGCACAUCAAAGGACAAGAGGAACCCUCAAGCAUCUAUUGAAGAAGUGGAAAUGUGUGAUUAUGUAUUUUACAAGACAUUUGAUGUUGAAAAAUUAAUAUUAUCAGAAAGAUUUCCCGAUAAGAUAGCUGGAGUUGAAGUUGGAUUCUUCUUUAAUCAGAGAAAACAUUUGGAAAUUGGCACUCCUCCAAAAUCCAAUUGGAACUCCAAAGUUGCAGGGAAAUCAAAUUCAUCUUCCAAGUUUGAAACAGGUCACUGUUCUACUGCAGUAGAAGAUGAAUCUGAUUUUAGGGUUCCUCCUGCAAAUAUUGGUAGACUAACAAUUUCAUCGACUAGUGAAUACCACUUGAACAAAAGGAAGCUUCAAGACUCUAAAGUUGAACCUGAGAAACCCACAAAAAGACCAAAAUUGGAUUCAAGCAAUUGGUUCAAGGAACAACCAUGGGAGGAAAGGAUGCAGAUAGCCAAUGAAACAGGCUCCCUUGUAUUACUAGAGAAUCUGGAUCCAUCCCUUACAUCAUUAGAAGUAGAGGAUAUAGUUUUGGAUGCUUUUCAUAAAAAGGCUAGUGCAAAGAUGAUACAGUGUAAUGCGUAUUCCAGCCCAUACAAUGGACAAGCUCUUGUGAUAUUUAACUCAAAAGAUGAAGCAGACUUUGCUAUUUCUGAGUUAAAAACCAGAUGUCUAAUGCUUGGAGAUCUAAGACCUAUUGUUGGUAGUAGACCUUCAUUGAAGGAAACCAGUAAAAAAUCAAGGUACUUUGGUCAUUUAACAAUCAAAACCAUGAAACAAAUGCGGUCUAUGGAUUUGAGAAAUGUAGUUUCCACAUCCCACUUUUCACAGCCAAAUACCAUCGAAUUUGAGAUGGCACUCGAGUGGUGCACACUGCAAAUGAGGUUGAAAUUCUGUUGGGAUGCAUUAUACAAGCAUCAAGGAAAAGAAAUUGCAGACCUUAAAACACAACUUUCCAACCACAAGGACUAAAUAUGUAAAAAUUCCAAAUCACCACAAACACAAGAGAUAGAUAGAUAGAAUUUCCAAGUUUUCAAGUUUUCAAGCUAUCAACUAUGAUAUAUAUUGUUUUAGUUUUUUACUCUUUGGAAGAUUUGUUGAUGAGUGACUUGUGAAUGUGAGGGAUAACUCCACCACCAGCAAUCGUUCCUUUUAUAAGCGUGUCAAGUUCUUCAUCUCCUCUUAUCGCAAGCUGUAAAUGUCUUGGCGUUAUACGUUUCACUUUCAAAUCCUUGCUUGCGUUACCGGCUAACUCAAGCACCUCCGCCGUCAGAUACUCUAGUAUAGCCGCCGUGUAAACAGCUGCCGUUGCUCCAACUCUUCCGUUAGCAGCCACUCUCGUCUUCAGAAGCCGGUGAACUCGACCCACCGGAAACUGCACAAAUCGCAUAACAAUCUAAUUGAACAAACUCCACUCGUUUAAUCAUUUAUCAGAUCUGGAUAAAGUCAACACAGUCUUCUCUCCGAUUCUCCGUUUCCGUUCGCCGGUGAAUCGGAGAUUGAGGAAAGGAGAAGAAACCUGGAGACCGGCGCGUGAAGAGCGAGUGGUCGGCUUCUUCUUGUCUUUGUCCUUGUUGGAUAAUACGUUUGUUUUCCCCGUUAGCAAACCUUUUGCUCCUUUCCCAGACAUUUUACCGCCAAAAUUUCAGAGAAUAUUUUCGGCCAAUUACUGUUCCCGAUCGCCGGAGUUGAUCUGAGAAUUUUAUCUGCGGAAAAGAGGAGCCAGAUCCUUUUGUCAGCCAAUAGUCUUUUCUUUUUUUUCUUUAUCCUGUUGAUGUUACUUGUUCAUUUUAGCCCCUGAACUUUCAUCAGCUUUUCAUUAUGGAUCAGCUUCUUCUUAGAUUUGUAUAGUUUAUCUUUUUAGUUUGGUAUGUUAAUGCUUUUAGUUUGGUCAUUUUUAGGAACCGAUUUCAUCUGAUGCGAAUCAAGUAAAUCUAAUCUGAUUUUGUUUUUCA